CUGGAGCUCGCUGCGCGCACUUUGUGCUUCAUCUGUCCGUCAAUCGCGUCGUGCGCUCGUUCGCUGUUUGUGAUCAGCCCGCUCGAUUCGUCUUUUUUUUUCUCUUCCACUCGAUCGCGAAUCGGCCAAGUUGCAGCUUCUCCUCGUUGUCUUUGUCAUCGUCGCAGCAUCGCCUUGUCGUCGUUGUCGCCCUCGUGUGUUGACUCCUUCGUUUCAUCGCGACUUCCACUUCGACGAUCCAGCUCGUCUCAUCCAGAUUGACAAGAUGCCACUGUCAGAGUUCCGUAAAACGAAAUUACUCUACGUUUUCAACACCUUUUUCGAUUUCAAUCAAAGUGGUGCGAUUGAUAAGAAGGAUCUAGAUCUUGCUAUACAACGAAUCAAUGAAAACAGAGGUUGGUCUGCCGAUAAUCCCAAAGCUCAAAGUAUAAGGGAUACUUUGCUUAAAAUGUGGGAUAAUUUGAGGCAAGGAGCUGAUACAGAUCAAGACGGUCAGGUUAGUCGAGAUGAAUGGUUUUCACUGUGGGAAGAAUACGCAAAAAAUCCAUCGAACCCAUCCGAAUGGCAACAAGCAUACAUGUCUGUGACGUUCCAGUUGUUCGAUGCAUCUGGUGACAAAUCGAUCGACGAGAACGAAUUCUGUAACGUGUGCAGAUACCACGGUGUCGCAGAGGCUGAGGCCAGGGAGGCUUUCAAAAAAUUAGGAGUCGGAAAGGAAAUUACCUGGGAUAAAUUCACCAACCUCUGGAAGCAAUAUUUCUCCUCGGACGAGCCGACCGCAGCCGGAAACUUUAUUUUCGGAAAAACUUCCUUCUAACUCGCUUUGCCUCGCGGAAAACCGACCGACGUACAUAAAUAUAUACUAUACUCCCUUGCGUCGCAUUCUACUCUUCAUUCAACUGAUUUCUCACGGUCAAUUUACUCGAGCCCCAGAUUACGAGACAAGCCAAGCUCUUUUUGUUCGACAACGAAUAAUAAAAUGCAAAUAUUUAAUUUCUUAAAAACCAUUCGUAGGAUUACCAUCAUCUGCACAGAUCGAUUGUUCUUUCAUUUCCUCCUUUCUUCUUUUGACGAUUGUAAAUAAUCGUCUGCGCGAUUCCAAUUCACGAAUCAAGAUGCGUUUGACAAAUAAAUAUCAUUUCGUUGGCGCAACAGCGAAACUCCUCUUACCGCGCGCGAUACGCUCACGGUAAUUAAAAUAUAAUCUCAUUGUAUGUUUGUAUCUGUAGCGUAUUUAAAUGUAAGGAAAACGAACUAUAAUGAUCGUGACCUGUGCAAGUCUCCUUCACGUCCAGUGGCAAGAUCGUUGUGCUUUCGAAGCGGUGAAAAAUCGAACGAUCGAUUUUCGUUCGACUCUGGCAAACAAAAUAUCUCCCUCCAUUGUUAAACAGACGGUAUUUUCAGAGUUUAAAAACGAAAUUUGUUCAGAACAAAAGAUACCCGCAUAUAUAUAUAUAUAUAUAAAAAUAUAAAAUAGUUCCAGCGUUUUCGUGUAACGUUGAAGAAGAGAUCGACGUGGAACAGUGUUAAAAAUAAUUAAAAAGAAAAAAAAAAUGAAUAUGUCUUCUUGUAAUCAUUGGCAGAAAUAAACUAGAGACGGAUUAAUCAAACAAACGUUGGCUUAAUUAUCGUGUAAGGAAUAUCACUGAGAUGAAGUAUUAUAUUUUAAACGAGUUUCAAUAUUGCCCUAAAUGUGUCUUGUAUAGACAUUAUAUACGCUGUUAUACCGAGGAAUAAAAGAUACACACGUAUAUCAACAGAAAUAUACACUUAUAUAUAUAUACAUGUGUAUGUGUAUGUAUAUAUGUGUAUAUAUAUUUGAAUGACAGUUUUCAAUAAAUUAUAUUCAAUAAAUAUAAUUAUGAGGUUUUUAAAAUUUAAUCGAUGUUGGCUCGACGAUGCAGAAUCGAAGAAUUAAACAAUACCGGUACGUAUUUGAGUUUUAAGCCAUUUAGUCUUCUAUUGCCCGAUACUUUGACAUUAUGUUAUUGUACAGUUUCCUCUGUAUUAUCUUCAAUUCUUUAAAUAACAUUUCCAAAGUCGAUGUUAUUGAAUAGACAUUAAGGAGAAAAAAUGUUCGACAUAUGCAACAAAAUAAUAGCUAUAAUAUUAAUAAUAAUUUAAUGGGCACUAGGAGUUUAACGAAUUUGAGUAAAAUUUCAAAUAUUCGCGUUCGUAUUUGUACACAUGCUUUAACUACAAAUUUAAUAUUUUCAUAUUUUCUAUCUGAAUUAACAGUUCGUCGGAACCUUUCAUUUAAGCGAAAUUGUGAAAAUAAAGAAAAAACAUGAACGUGUAUAUGAAUACGAUUGUGAGACGUUUAGUUACAUCUUUGAAAACUUUCUUGUGCUUGAAAGUAUUGAACAGCAACGUUGUUCCGCGACUUAAUAUAGUCUGUCAUGUAACUCUGAAUGUACAAUAAAAGAAAGUUGAAAACGA